AUGGUAAUGAUUGAAUGGUCCUUUCCUAAUGGUAGAAGUGUUCAACACAAAUGUACUUCUCAUGAUAGAUUCAACGAACACGCUUUCAACUAUUGGCAAAUGAAUAAUAGUAGACAAGAUCAAUUCAAAAAGCUUUGUACCGAAUAUAUUUCAAUAUAUAUCGAAUCAAGAUAUAUCGUAUUUGCAAAGGGAUCUGAUAGCGAGUCUGGAUCUACUGAAUAUGAUGCGACAGAGCAAUCAAUUACUCCUAUGGAUGGAUUUAUUCGUUAUGGUGUGGUGAAUGAAGACUUUUGUGAUGAUCAAGGGUCACUGUCGGUUCUCAAACUCCUGAAGGAAAAACGUCAAUUCUAUGGUACUCGUAAUAAGAAGGAUCUUUAG